AUGCAAAGGCAUAGAAAAUCUAAUCAACCAACAUCACCAAAAACCAUGACCGAUUUCCAUUACCAAUUGACUGGAGACUUUGUUCAUCUUCCAGUGAUGGAUAAUGUACCUAUUUAUAUGGGAAAAAUAGGCACUGACCCCGAAGAAAGGAUAACAAUGUUGUUUGUAUUACCAGAAAUUAAAAAUAUACUGAGGACUGGAUCAACGUUUUUGAUGGAUGGUACAUUUGCUGCUGCUCCAUAA